AUGUCUGAUCCGACGCGUCUUCAGGCCGUCGAUGUGGAAAGAGACUCGGCGAAAUUAACUCAGACUCACCUGGAUUUCAUGCGACGACUGGAGAAAGAAAACGUCAACCGAGUUUUGAAGUUGCGUGCCAUCCGUCGAAAGAAUAUAUUGACGGGGGCUCUGCUCGGUGUCAGAGCGCAGAAGAAGCUUUCGCAAAAUUUUCUCUUGGAUCCUGCUAUAAUCAACAGAUUUGUUUCAAAAGCUCGCGUUGCCGGUUGUCACGUUGUUGAAGUUGGUCCAGGACCUGGGUCUCUAACUCGUGCGAUACUGCAGCUUCAGCCAAGAUCACUGACGGUCAUUGAAAAGGACGAACGGUUUUUACCUUUGCUGGAAUCUUUGGCUGACACUUGCGUUAAUGAAGAUGGGCGAAUGAGAAUCGUGCACGAUGACAUCUUGACUUUCGAUAUGGGUUCAUUGGGAAUUCCCACAGAAGUCCGUCGAGACUGGAAUAAUAGAGAACUUCCUGAUAUUAGCUUGAUCGGAAAUUUGCCUUUUUCUAUCGCAACCCGCUUGGUUAUCAAUUGGUUAUUCGACAUUGCAACGAGAAGAGGUCCUUGGGAGUAUGGAAGAGUACCAAUGGUGUUGAGUUUCCAGGAAGAAGUGGCGCAAAGAAUAGUGGCUGAACCUGGCACAGAGAACCGUUCUCGGUUAUCGGUCAUGUGCCAGGCAUUCUGCGAUGUUCGUUACGGCAUGACGAUUCGGGGUGGCUCAUUCGUCCCUGCGCCUGAUGUUGAUGCUGGCAUCGUUGUUUUCACGCCUCGAGCUACGCCAUUGGUACCUGUCGAAGAAUUCGGCUUCCCAUUUUUCGAACGUGUCGUCAGAGACAUUUUCAAUUGCAAGAAGAAAGAUUUCCGCAAAGGAGUCAAGAACUUGAUCCCAGAGAAAUUGCAUGAAAUCCUCCUUCCUGAAAUCGUAGCAAGAGCUGGCAUUGAAGUGGAUCUCGAGUGUUCUGGUCCCAUAUAUUUGACCGUAUCUGAUUUCGGGAGAAUAGCCUCUGCCAUCAAAGAACUGCAUGUUGCUAUUCCUGAACUGGCGAAGUACGAUUUCAGGUCGGCAAGGACGACAAGAACAAACGGAGAAGAAUUAUUGCCUCGCGUUGAACGCUUCUUAAGAGAUGGUUGGAAUGCUGGUGGCCCUCUUUCCGCAUUUGCUGUUUAGUCAGGGUAGUGAAAAGGUGUUGAAAUUCAAGGGAGAGUUGUGCAAUGAACCUGUGCUUCUUGCGUGUUGUGAC